UCUUAUUAUGUAGCUGUCAUUAUGCACUGGCUCACUUAUUCUAUGCAGGCGCAAGUCUGGCAUCUUCAAACCAGCAGUCGCAAAGCGUAUUGAAUUCAGUCCGCGCGUCUGGUUUCAAAUUUGACUGGGCUCCUGUUCAGCGUUAAAACCCACAGCCUACCACGGACCACAACUCUCUCCCAUUCCACUUGAUUUUACUCUCGCUGAAGGUUCUCGUCGCUCUUUUGGCUUUCUUUUUUCUCCUUUAGAAACCUUUCCUUUUCCCCCUGAAGAUGUCGAUCAUCGCCGCUCCCACCAAGUUCAUCCUCCCUGACCUCGUCUCCCACUGUGAUUUCAAGCUGCGCAUGAACCGCCAUCACAAACAGGCUACUGCUGAAUCAAAGCGGUGGCUUUUCCGUGGAGACAACCUUAACCCGAAGUCGCGCAAGGCGAUUCACGGGCUCAAGGCUGGUCAGCUCACAUCCAUGUGCUACCCAGAUGCAGGAUUCCCUCAGCUUCGUGUCUGCUGCGACUUCAUGAACUAUCUCUUUCACCUCGACAACCUCUCAGACGACAUGGACAGGGCUGGAACCAAAGGCAUUGCAGAUGUCGUGCUGAACUCGCUUCAUCACCCGUACGACUAUUACUCGCCCGCCCGAUUGAACAGAAUGACCAAGGACUUCUACAGACGUAUGCUUCCUACCGCCUCCCGUGGAACGGGCAGACGCUUUAUAGAGACGAUGGACUUCUUUUUCCAAGCUGUGCAUGUGCAAGCCAUCGACCGUGCUAAGGGUGUCGUUCCUGACCUCGAUUCCUAUAUCUCCCAGCGUCGCGAUACCAGCGGCUGCAAGCCCUGCUGGGCACUCAUUGAAUACGCUAACAAUCUCGAUAUACCUGACGAAGUCAUGGAACACCCGAUCAUUCAGAGUCUCGGCGAGGCCGCGAAUGACUUGGUCACUUGGUCAAAUGACAUCUUCUCCUAUAACGUGGAACAGUCCAAAGGUGAUACCCACAACAUGAUAUCUGUUGUUAUGCACGAGCAGUGCCUCGACCUCCAGUCUGCUGUCGACUUCGUCGGCGAGCUCUGCAGGCAGUCUAUCGACCGCUUCAACGAAAAUCGUGGGCUUAUCCCUUCCUGGGGUCCUGAGAUCGACAAGGACGUUGCGGUCUACGUCGGCGGUCUCGCAUCCUGGAUUGUCGGAAGUUUGCAUUGGUCGUUCGACACUACGCGGUACUUUCAGAACUCCGGUCAUGAAAUUAAACGAAUGAGGGUUGUCAGUCUCUGUCCUCGAAGCAAAUGAUUCUCGAAAGCACGUUUCAGCGCUGCUGCCGGUCAGCUCCCAACGCUAUCCUGACGGAAAACACUCGUAGAUUUGGUACUCGGGUCCCGUCUCCUCACAAUCCUUUAGAUUCUUUUCUUGGACAUUCAAAGCAUCCACUGUUGCAGCUGGUCAGCUUCCCACACUGGUUUCAAGACGGA